CAGAAAACUAAGAAGUGAUGCUACAAGCACUUAGAUGACAUGCUUCCGAACGUUCCCCGAGGCAACACACGCUCCAAUGUAGAACAAUGCCCACGCAAGGGAGACAAUUCCAGAAGAUUUGUGACCUCUUACCUAGUUCUUGCUACGUCGCUUUACUCUGAGAUAUUGCAAUUGCCGAGACUGCCUGCGGGGGCUUUAGGUACACUCGCGAGCUUUACUACUCUCGUCCGGCAGUCAUAAUAAGUAGCAGACCCCUUGUCAUACCGAAAGAUUUGCUUAACUCCAAAAGGUCUAGUGAUUGUCCCAUACAAUGGGGGCUGGUGCUUCUUCGGGCACUAAGCCCUCAGCAAGUGCCCCUACUGCAAAUGGAGGCAGCGCAGGAGCUCCUUCGGCGGAUAAGCCUACUAGCACAAAUGGAGUAGUAGCACCGGUUACAGGAGUGGAAGCCUCAAGGGAUUCGGUGAACCCGCCCCUACCUAAGCAAGGGAAGCACGUGGCAAUACAUGCGCAAGAAAAGCCAGCUGCCCCAUUCAAGGGGCAAAAGGUCAGCAUUUUCGACAAGCUGAAGCACAUCGCCACUCCCAACCACGUGUCCUCAGCAACCAGUCGGGCGAACUCCGUGGCAAAGAGCACCGCCAGCCGCGCCCGCCGCGACGAGUUCGAUGUGGACACGGACGACGACGACCUGGACGGCUUCAUCUACGACGACGACUCCACCAGCGAGGACGAGCGGGCGGACUACGUGAAUGCAUUCGGCCGCAAGAAGCGCUCUGCAGCGGCCGAGGACUACAGCGACUUCGAGGGGGCGGGCGUGCGGGCGCAGGCGCGGGAGGGCAGCCGUGCGUCCCGGAAGAGUAUGGCCAAGUACCAGCGCGGCGAGCGGGGCGAGCGCGGGGACGACGGCGGCAACGGCGAUGACGAGCUGGACCCCGAGGAGCGGCAGAUCGCCCUCCUGCGGGAGCGGAAGCGGCAGGAGGACGCGCAGAAGGCCAGGGCGCUGGCGUUUAAGCAGGUGGCGGCGGAAGCAGCCAAGAGGGAGGCUGAGGAGCGGAAGGAGCGGCAGGCGGCGGGGCCUUCCAAUGCAGCGAUAGAGGCGUUGAGGGCGGGGCACGCACAUGUGCCGCCAGCAGCACCGAAAGCGGCGCCACUAGCGGGGGCACCCACAAAGGCGGCGCCACCACCAGCACCACCACCUGCACAGCGGUUAGACCGGGCGCCAGCAUCUCCGCCGGCUCCCCCUCCCCCGCCGGCGCCGACCGCUAGGGCAGCUCCGGCGCAGGGCCCCGCACCGGGGCGAGCACCUGCGCCCGCAGCGGCGACCUCCCCCGCACCGCAGGCGCCCCCGCGGCCACCCGCACUAGCACCGGCUGACGAGGCGGACCUGUCGCUGGCAGCUGAGAUCGCGGCGCUGUGGGGGGCGGCAGCGGGGGUGGACGUGCCUGCAGCGGGGGGCAAGCCAGCGGCCGCCCAGGCCUCCCCACCACAGCAAGCUCCGGCUCCUCCGCCCGCUCGCAUCUCCCCGCAGCCGCCUCCCUCGCCGCCGGGUCGCAGCAGCAGCGGCCACAUCCGCUACCACGC